UUGGUUUUUCCGAGACCCUCUUUCCUCAUAGGUUGGGUCUCACCAUCAGCAGUUGGCCAGUUUCGGUGGCAGAAGAGGCCACAGCUGCUUCCUGUCGGCCUCCUGGGCAGAAGCAUGCGGUGGUGUCUCCUCCUGAUCUGGGCCCAGGGGCUGAGGCAGGCUCCUCUCCCCGCCUCAGGUAAGGCCUGAAGUCUAGCCUGGAACUGGAGGGGGUGGCUGCAGUGAUUGCUGCAUCCAUCUGAGGGAAGGAGACACAGUUUCCAGAGUACCGUGUGCCCUCAGGAGCCAUGACAGGCAGAAUAGUAACAGUGGGGAACAUUUCUGCAGAAGAAGGUGGCUCUGUCACCUUACAAUGUCACCUCUCCUCUACCACUGCCAAGGUGACUCAGGUCAACUGGAAGCAGCAGGACCAAGUUCUGGCCAUUCGUCAUGACACCUUGGGGUGGUACAUUGACCCACCCUUCAUGGAGCGAGUGGUCCCUGGCCCCAACCUGGGCCUCACUCUCCGGUCACUGACCGUGAACGACACAGGAGAGUACUUCUGCAUCUAUCACACCUACCCUGAUGGGAUUUACACAGGGACACUCUUUCUGGAAGUCCUGCGAAACUCAGCGGCUGAACACAGAGCUGGGUUCCAGAUCACAUUGUUUGGAGCUGUGGCCACAGUGCUUGCGGUCGUCUGCACAGCAGUCAUGGUGAUGGUUACGUGGGCCAGAAAGAAAUCUCUCAGAACCUGUCCAGCAGAAGGUGCCCUGAGGCAGAUCCCAUCUGAACAGGAGGAGUGUAGGCCCAGGGUCCAGAGGAUACCUGCCAGCAUUGGUGUCCCAGUGGAGGCUGUGGCUGGAGACCUUUACGCGGAGCUCAGGGUCCAGGAUCCAGAUGCCGAGCAGCACGACUACUUCAAUGUCCUGAGUUACAGAAGCCUCGGGAGCUUCAGCUUCCCUACCGAGACUGGUUAGCUCCCUACCUACGGGGGCAUCUUCUGGGAGGCAUGUUCCUAUCUUUGCUGUUACAGGUGGACGUGUAGGCAUCUGCACAUCCCAGUCCUGUGUGUUUGUGUGUGUAUGUGUGCGUAUGCAUGUACGUGUGCACAGGCACGCAUAUGCGUGUGUACGUGCAUAUGCGUGUGUGUUCAAUUGAGUGAGUGAAUGUCAUCCUCUUUUCUGUUUCCUCCAUCCUUCCCUUCUUCCAUCCUGGCAGACCCCACUGCGGAGCUUGUGUCUUGAUGAUGACUGCAAAGCUAAAAACCAUACAAACACUUGACCCGGUUUUAAAUCUGGCAGUUGGUGCAGUGACCAUGGCUCUGAGAUAUGCAUUUCCCCCCGAGUAACACUGGGCAGGGUUUGGGGCUGCAGGGCUUUGUGGUGGAUGACAGUGAUGGGGUGACAGCAGAGACUUCUCAUCUCAUUUCUCACUGUCAUUUUCAUCAACGUUCACACACUCCAGGCAUUUUAUGAAUAAGGUAUGUUACCAGUGUCUAUGAGGAGAUUGGAGGAUGACGAAACCAUCAUCUUAGGCCCCAGCCUUUAAGGACUUACAGUUAGGUGGAGAGACAACCUUUACAUUAAAAGGUAGUGAGGGGAUAAGGGUUCAAGACAGGCCUUUGGGAAGAGAUGUCAGUUCAGGAUGAGGUGGUCAGGAUAAGCUUACCUGUGGUGACAUGGCCUCAGCUUGUGUAGGGGUCAGUGAACCUGGGCUGGAAAAGCAGGAGUUUUUGUCUAGGGAACUCAUAGAAACUGAAGUUGGGAGCUGAAAGUCCUACAUGGAAGGCUUCCAUGUGGGAGGGCGCUAGCAAGGCUUCAGAUUUUUUUUCUGGCCACACCCAUGGCAUAUGGAGUUUCUAGGCCAGAGAUCCAAUCCGAGCUGGAGCUUCAACAUACGCCAUAACUGCAGCAAUGCCAGACCAUAAACCCACUGCACCAGGUCGGGGAUCAAACUCGCACCUCAGUAAUGACCCCAGAUGCUGCAGAGACAAUGCCAGAUCCUUAACCCACUGUGCCACAGCAGGGAACUCCAAAGCUUCACGUUUUAUUCUCAGGGCAGACAGUUCAAAUUGUCUUCUGCUAGAUGUUCUCAGAGUCCAGCGAUGGUCUGAUUUGGAGGAUUCUAGGCUCUUGCAGCCAUGUGCUCUGGGGAAGCCCUCAGAAAUGGUGUGUGUCCACUGUGGGAGCUGUAGUUCAGCCCUUGGGCCAUGAUCCACCAACCUACUUCUUCUCUAUCAACCUACCAUUGAGCCUUUGAAGAAAGAAUCUGUUUCCUACCAGUGGGAAAAUCUGGAUUGUCUUCCUAGAAAAACAAAGGAGGGCGAUAGAGGGUUUAAAAAUUGAGCACCCUCAAACCAGCUGCCUAGAACCCUCAAAUUCACCCCCUGACCUCUUUGUGCUGGGCUUGGGGUAGCAUCUGAGCUGCUCAUUUCUGUUUCAAUUGGCAUUCAGGUCUUAUCCUCGCACCACUUCUCUUGGCAGAGUGAGGGAGGUUGGGUUUACGGGAGCCUCCUUUCCUUUCCUGGGCAUGGAAGCUGGGAGAUAAAAUGUGAAGCAAGACUGUCCUUUGUCAAUGGUUAACACGGAGCCUUGACCUGCUCCCUCAGAAUUAGGCUGGUUGAGUGAGAAGACACUUCAACUCCUGUUCCUCCUCUGAUUUUGAUUUUGGUUUUUUGUCACUUCUCUACCAAACAGGUAUGUAGUCAGGAGCAAUGAGCUGAAAUCUGUCCAGAGUGCCAAGUCCUUUGGAAGAAAGCUAGUUACAUGUAAGAAAGUUGUUAUUUGCCAUGGUAGUUCACAACAUUUUUCUUGCAAAACCAGUGCAGGUUGGUGGGGAGUAGAUGACAAUUCACAAUUCACAAAUGAACUAACAUGGAAUGACAAAAAGGGCAUGGUGGUUUGACGUGGCGAAGGUGUAUGUUAGGCUGAGGCUGGACUGAGAGUUGGGUGUGACUCACAUGAUUAUGGUAGCAGGGAGACAGUUACAAAUGCCAUUUGGAUGGUGACAAAAAUACAAAAGGACCCAUAGAUGUUGUAAAUGGGCCAGGUUACUAAAAUGAGAUUGAAUUAGACAGAAAAUGAAUCUGAAAGUGGAAUUCCUUGAACUAGAAUUUCCUUGGGGAACAGAGAAGACAACCCCCUAAAAGCCAGGUUCCUGGCAAUGUGUGCUGUCCAGUAUGGCAGCCACUCUCCGCGUGUGGCUGUCUGGCACGUGGGAUGGCUAGUCCUGUUGAAAUGGGCUGUGCUGUGAGUGGAAAAUACCAGAUUUUGAAGACUUACUGUGAAUAAUAAGGAUAUAAACUGUCACAUGAGUAAUUAAAAAUAUUGAUGACAUGUCAGAAUGAUAUUUUGUAUAUAUUGGGUUAA